AAUCUCCUCAAAGUAGAAUAUAAUGAUAUGCACAAAUCAGAAUGUUUUAAUUAAUUAGGACAUUGACUACAUCUUUAAAGGUAUACAUGUAGUAAAUUAAAGAAUCGAUUUAUCGCUCUGUAUAUUUCUUUUGCAGAUUAUCGUGCAUGCGUAUUAAAUAUAUGAUAUCAAAAUCAACAUUAAGAAAUACUGACUAGUUCCUUUUUUUUCAAGUAUUAUUAUACUUGACCCGAUAGCAUUGCAAUAUACAGUUCUUGAUACAAUUUUUCUUGUCUCUAAUGAAACAUUCAAAUGUCAUACCAAUUUCAAUUAAUUCAAAUUUUUUCCGCUAUGUGGCACAAGUAUUAGAAAUUGUAUUUCAAAAUUUUCCGAAUCCUCUGUAUAUGUAUAAAUAAAAUCAAUUAGUAUUUAUAGCAAAUAUUGGCAAGUGUUAGCAGUAAAGUGUAAACUGAGAGAAAAACAAAAAGUUUCUGCGAUACGUUAAAAGUUCAAGAUUGUAUAUUUAUGACACAUUGUACAUAGAAACAUCAUUUUCCGACACAACGAACUGAACUGUAAAUGUUAGAAAUAUUGUUCACUUACAAUUUCUGAAGAAAAUAACCUAACAAAGAGGCGCAACAUAACCUAAUUUGACAAGCGACGUUAUAGUUUGCUUUAUCUUAAAUAAAAUUUAAGCAACAUGGAUAAAUCAAUUUUUAUGCAAAAGCAAGUGAAAGACAAUGCAGAAGAUUUACAAAAAGAAUUUCUUGAUAUGAAAAAUUGGGAACAACAAAUGAAAAGUAAAGAUGAAGAGCUAAGGAAAGAAAUGUAUGGCGAGGCAUCUUUACCACCAAUAAGAAGCAAAAAUAGAAGUAAAACAAAAGUGGUUCCUACAAAACAAAAUGGAUCUAAUAUUAAGUCUAAAAGAAUUAAAUCGUAUGAUCAUUCUGCUUGGGAUAAAUUUGAUGCAGAUGAGGCAUGUAAAAAUAUAGAUAAAGCAGAGCAAUCAAAUGAUUCAGAGGAUGAAAUAAUGUCUAAAGAAGAAUUAGAAAAGGCACAUAGAAUGGCAGUAAAAUAUAAAAAUCAGGGCAAUAUUUUUGUACAGCAACAAAAAUGGGUCGAAGCAAUUGGAAGUUAUAAUCAGGCUAUUAAAACUUUUCCAUAUGAUGCUGUGUUUUAUGCAAAUCGUGCACUUUGUCAAUUAAAAUUAGAUAACUUAUGUUCUGCUGAAUCAGAUUGUUCAGCAGCAAUACAAUUGGAUGAAACUUACGUAAAAGCUUACCAUAGGAGAGCAACAGCUAGAAUGAAUUUAAAACAGUACAAAGAAGCCAAACAAGACUUGGAAAAAGUUUUAAAAUUAGAACCUUCUAAUAAAGAAGCAAAGCUGCUACUUGCACAAAUUGAGAGCAAGAUACAAGCUUCCAGUUCAGCUAGUACAUCGAAAGAGAAUACAGAGAAAUUAUCUGAGAAAUCUUCAGUUGAAAAACUGAUUGGUGAAAAAAUGUGGUCCAGUACUAAAUCAAGUACUAAAACAACAAAUAUUAAAGAUGUCAAAGACAGUAAAGAGGGUGAAAAGGAUGAGAAUAGCAAGGAUCUGAAACAUAUUGAGAAAGAUACAAUAGUUAACAUACAAAAUACUACUAUGAAAUAUAAAGAAAGAGAUCCACGUAUUCCUGAUUGGUUACCAGAAAAAGAUGAUGUUGCUGUGAUAGAACCUGUUAAAAGACCACCUCACUUACGUUCAAAGAAGUCGUUACUAAGAAUACCAGUUGAAGAAGUCGAAUUUAGUACUAUUCAAUACUGCUGUACCAGCAAAGAAACAGCAUGUAAUGAAUACAAACCUGUACAGUUAAAGAAAAUUUGUGGAAAUGAUACAUAUAUUCCUAUUUGUUUACCCGAGAAAGAUGAUGUUGCUGUAAUAGAACCUGUUAAUAGGCCACCUCAUUUACUUUCAAAAGAUUCUCUAACAAAAAUAUCAGUUGAAGAAGUAGAAUUUAGUACUAUUCAUAACAAAGAACGAACAACGUCUAACAAACGUAAACCAGUACAGUUGGAGAAAAUUAGCACAGAUGAUAAUUUUAAGAUUGAGAGUUGUAUUAAAGUUUCUGAAUCUGUAGAAAAUGUUAAUAAUAUCCCUCCAGUUCCUAGAACAGCUGUACAGUUUGUAACAAAUUGGAAGACGAACAAAUCGUCAGAAUUUAGAUACAAGUAUUUAAAGCAAUUAACCAGGAACAGUUUGCCCCUAAUAUUUCAAAACUCUAUGGAAUCCGAUAUCUUCAGUGAAAUAUUAGAAGUUUUAAAGUUAGAAUUUAUAAAAAGAAGGGAGUCCAUAUACGCUUAUUUAAAAGAUCUUAGUGAAGUUAAGCGGUUUAGAGCUCUUAUUAUGUUUAUUAGCAACGAUGAAAAAAGAAGUUUAAAAGACUUUUUUGAAUAUUGCAAAGUAGUUGAGAAUAUAUCUUUUGAAGAAAUUGAAGCUUUGCAAGAAAAAUAUGAAAUUUCAAAAUAAAUUGACGAUAUGCAGUUAAGUUUGAAAACAUAUGUUUAAGUUAUAAAAAGAUUGCGUAAGUUAGGUAUUUUGUACGUAUAUUUCUAUUUACAAACAAACAAAUAAAUAAGAUUAUUAUAAUGA